AUGUGUACGAGAAACACCAAAUUCGAACUAUUAGAUCCGUGUCAGGGAGUAAAGUAUAUCCGACAACUAGCCUGCAAACGUAUGAGCCUGAAGGGUUAUUUGCUUAGAUCGAUGGGCCACUUGGUCCUGUUCUGUCUGUCAACGAAUGUGUCAAUGAAGUUUUCCGGCAAUAACUCCAUGGAUGGCCACCCAGACGUGUCGGCCCAGCAGCUGGCCGACAUGAUGCCCAUCGGGCUGGCUGUCCUCGACCACCAGGACGGGUCCGUCUUCGUGAACAAGCGCUUCUUGGAAUUAACCACCUGCACCUCAGAGCGUGCCUUCGAAUGUUGGUGUCAGUCCAUCCACCCCGAGGACUUUGAUCGCGUGGCAGCAGCAUAUCGAGAAGCCUCUCAGUCCUAUCAUGCCCUACGUAUCGAAUACCGCACCCGGUUGCAGCCGUGCCUGUGGCGCGUGUGCUUGUUGACGCCGCUGGAGGACGAGGAGGAGCGACAACGAUGGAACCUAGGACCGGAAGGGGGCUUCGUUUGCACCAUCACCGACAUCACACAAGAGAAGACGGCGGAAUUGACGCAGCGUCGCAUUGCCCACGAGGCCGAGGACCGCAAGCAACAGCAGGAGCGGUUCAUCGAUAUGAUUAGCCACGAGGUGCGCAACCCGUUAUCGGCCAUCCUCCACUGCACCGAGGAUAUCCUCGAGGCUGUUCAUUCGCCAGAUACAGGGGAGGAAAUGCGCACGCAGAUCGCCGAGGCAGCUGACACCAUCAGUCUCUGCGUGGCGCAUCAGAAGAAGAUCAUUGAUGACGUGCUAACCUACUCCAAACUGGAUGCCGCCAUGCUGACGCUCUCUCCUCGACGCGUGCAGCCGCGCCGGAAUGUAGCCACCGCGUUAGCCAUGUUUCGUCCCGAACUGCGCAAGCAUGAUAUCCAAUUCUCCUAUGAGCUUGACCAUUCGUACGCCAACCUGGAUAUUGAUUGGGUCAUGGCGGAUAUGGACCGCAUGAGCCAGGUCCUCAUCAAUUUGCUCUCCAAUGCCAUCAAGUUCACCGCCACACUGAAGCUCGACGCGACGUCACAACCCGAAUGGGGGGCGGGGGAGUACGCAUUCCUGAUGGUGGCCGUUAAAGACACAGGGAUUGGCAUCAGCGACGAGGCGCAGAAGCGGUUGUUUGAGCGAUUCAACCAGGCGACCCCGCGUACGCAGACAAUAUACGGUGGGUCGGGUUUAGGUCUGAAUGUCAGUCGGAAGCUGUGUCACUUGCACGGGGGAGAGAUUGGCGUGAGUUCCAAGGAGGGCGAGGGAAGUACGUUUGGGUUCUUUUUCACGGUUCGACGGACUGCGGCCGGGCCUGGGGAGGAGCCUACCAAGAGCAACGGAACCACAGAGAUUGACCGGAUGUGCAGCCAGAUCCAGGCGAUGGGCAACGAGAUGAGUGGAGUGACCGAGCGGCACGCCCGGCCACGCAUCCCCGAGAACCCUUCUGUCACUCACGUUCCGGAGAUCUCACGACACGCCAGUCGAGACAGUCGGCGGCUGCAUACAGUGAAAAUUGCCAGCGGAGUUUCCUCCCCGGCAUCGAGGGCUUCUCCUGUGUCAGAGGACGAGGGUCCUCAAGCCCCUGAAGAGCCGCGAAGUGAACCGCGGUCACACCCGCGCGAACGGCGGAUUCUGCUUGUAGAAGACAACGUCAUUAACAAGCGCAUCCUCUCACGAAAACUCCAGACCUCCGGCUUUCAGGUCAGCGAAGCGAGUAAUGGCCAGGAGGCGGUAGAUGCGAUCCAACAGCAGGGGAGGUUCGAUUGUGUACUGAUGGACCAGGUCAUGCCCAUCAUGGACGGCACGACGGCCUCCCGGACCAUCCGCCAGUUGGACGGUCCCAUGGCGCAGGUACCCAUUCUUGGGGUUACAGCCAAUGUACGGACGGCCCAGAAGGAUGAAAUGCUGGCGGCGGGGAUGAACGACAUUAUCUACAAGCCGUAUAAGAUGCCGGAUCUGAUCGAGCGGAUCAAACAGCUGCAGCAGACGGUUCAGGAAUGA